CGAACCCCGCGUUCAGGCCCGACCGGGGGCCCCACCUUCCCUGCACGCAGGUAGAGGGGCUCCCGGGGCGCCGGGCUGAGCGCCCGCCCAAAACGCACCUUCUCUUUGCAAACAAGGUGCCGUCGGGCGGGAGGGGAAGCACUAGACCGGCUCGGGACGAGCCUCGGGCAGCCUUUCGCCCCGCAAGACCCCCCACACUGGCAGCGUCCAGCGCCCUGGGUUUUUGGAAUCAAAUCGGUUCCAGGCUUGCCUCCCGUUUUCGUGUUCCUCUUUCGGAUCUGACGGGGCACUUUCCUUUUACAGUCCGUUCUCCCCGGGGGAGCUGCCCCCACCGCUGAGGCUUGGCCGCUACCGCAGUGCAAAGGGGUGCAGGUGCUGGCGCGGUUGCCGCCGCUGCCCCGAGUCCUGCCUCCAGCCUGUGGGGCCCGAGUGGCUUUCGUUGCUUGCUAAUCCACUGUGUCUUGCUGCUGCUCCGGGGCCUCUCUGCCCUUAGUUUUAACCCCUGUGGGUCCCCAUGAAGUCGUUCUACCCACUCUCACCUCUAGCUGAGUAAGUUUCAGAGACACAGCAGAGAUAGAGUUUAAGGCUCUGGCUUUCAGGAGGCAAAGACCUGAAGAUUAACCUGAUAUGAUCAUCCCAGGAGCUGCCGCCUCUGCUGUGGUGCCUCUCGGGAGAGGUGUGCGGGUGAUCUUCGUAUGGGUGAAGGUGUCAUCUGGGAGGAAGCUGGUUUUGUGUUUUUCCUGCUUAGGACCCUGGGGGCUUAAUAAAGAGGAAGUCGAGAGAGCGGUGGUGUUUUAUGAAGAGAGUGCAGUUUCCCAGGGAGACGGUGAUGACUACCCCUGUGUGGAGCCCCCGGAGCAGAGUUGGGCCAGCGGUGGGCCUACCCCAGCUCUCAGUGCCCCCUGGUGGAGGGACACCACUGCCGGCAGCAACUUGUUGGGCGGAGGGUGGAAGAUCCGCAGAGUGCGUUUUGUGAGUGAGAACCAGCCAUGUGCUCCAGGAGUGAGGAGCGGAGGGGCACGAGGCAGUGGCCUGCAGGCGCCCUACGCACUGAAACUCCAGAGAAGAAACACGCUUCUCUGUUGGCCUCAGACUCCCUGAUUGGAAGAAUCCGAAGGACAGAGCUCCAGCAAGACAGCUGGCCCUCAGCGAUGACCUGGGGGAGGCUCCUUUGGGUGUGGGACUCCAGCCCCGUGUUUGGGGCUUUGAUGUUCAGGAAGGGCACCAAGGCAGGGAGCUGAGACCAGGGCCUCCUGUCCUGUGGGGAGUAGCACAUAGCCACCUGCGAGCGUGCCAGGAGCCAUGACAGCCCCAGGGCUACACUGCUGCUGGCCUUCCAGUCCUCCUGUGAAAUGGAGGGCUCCUGAGGGGCUCCCUCUCAACAAGAAGACAUCAUCGUAUUCGGUCUGCAAAUAGGGGCCUCAUGACCAAAGAGAGGAGACAGUUUGAGGUGGCAGAUCCAGUUUGGGCCUGACAAGGAGUUGACGAGUAAGUGCCGCCUGGGCACAGUGUGGUGAGAUGAGGCAACACUGCGGGCUGAGCAGUGCAGGACCUGACCUGGGCACAGCCCCCAGGAGCGGAAGCGGGUUCGAGGGACCAGGCUGGCCAGGAGGAAGGAAGGCUAUGGCCGUGACCAUGGCGCUCUUCCGGGUGUGUCUGGUGGUGGUGACGGCCAUCAUCAACCAUCCCCUGUUGUUGCCGAGGGAGAACACCACCGUCCCCGAGGAUGAGGAGGAGAUCAUCCGCAAGAUGCAGGCCCACCAGGAGAAGCUGCAGCUGGAACAGCUUCGCCUGGAGGAGGAGGUGGCCCAGCUGGCAGCCAAGGAGGCCCUGGAGCAGGUGGCAGAAGAGGGGCAGCAGCAGCAGCAGCAGGAGGCCCAUGCCGCCUGGGAUCUCUGGAGCACUCUCUGCAUGAUCCUCUUCCUCAUCAUCGAAGUGUGGCGGCAGGACCACCAAGAUACGCCCUUGCCUGAGUGCCCGGGCGGGGAUGAGGAUGAGCUGCCCGGGCUUGGAGGUGCCCCCCUGCGGGGCCUUGCCCUGCCCAAUAAGGCCACGCUCAGCCGCUUUUAUGACCGCUGCAUUAGGGCUGCCACAGUUGAUGCCGCCCGUACCAGGGAGUUCGUGGAAGGCUUCGUGGAUGACCUGCUGGAAGCCCUGCGCAGCCUCUGCAACCGGGACACGGACAUGGAGGUGGAGGACUUCAUCGGCGUGGACAGCAUGUACGAGAACUGGCAGGCGGACCGGCCGCUGCAGUGCCGCCUCUUCGUGCCCUUCACGCCCCCCGAGCCCUACUGCUUCCACCCGGAGCUCUGGUGCUGCAGCCACCCUGCACCCCUGGACCGCCAGGGCUACGGCCAGAUCAAGGUGGGCCUGGCUGUGGGGGAUGCGCCGGACUGUGCCUGCGACAAGACCAAGCUUGGGGAAGAUCUGCUGUGUCUCCUCCACGGCCGGAGCCCGGGGGCGCCACCCAGCUGUGAGGUGGAGGACCUGCUGUGUGCCCGAGAGUCCCCGUACCUAGAUGCCAUGCAGGUCAUGAAGUGGUUCCAGACGGCCCUCACCCGAGCCUGGCACCGUAUUGCCCGCAAGUAUGAGUUUGACCUGGCCUUUGGUGAGCUGGACUCGCCAGGGUCCCUCAAGAUCAAGUUCCGCUCGGGGAAGUGCAUGCCCUUCAACCUGAUGCCUGUGAUCCAGUGCGGAGACUCAGACCUGUACUUUGUGUCCCACCUCUCCAGGGAGCCCGCUGGGGGCGGCCCAGCCUCCAGCACCGACUGGCUCCUGUCCUUUGCUGUCUAUGAGCGGCACUUCCUCAGGGUGACAACCAAGGCGCUGCCAGAGGGCGCCUGCCACCUCAGCUGCUUGCAGAUCGCCUCCUUCCUGCUCUCCAAGCAGCGCCGCCUGACGGGCCCCAGUGGGCUGGGCCGCUACCACCUGAAGACAGCCCUGCUGCACCUCCUGCUCUUGCGGCAGCCUGCCGACUGGAAGGCUGAGCAGCUGGACGUGCGCCUGCACGAGCUGCUCCACUUCCUGGAGAAGAGCCUGCUCGAGAAGAAGCUCCUUCACUUCUUCGUGGGCAACCGCAAGGUGUCCGAGGCCAUGGGGCUUCCCGAGGCGGUGCGAGGGGCCGAGCCGCUCAACCUCUUCCGGCCCUUUGUCCUGCAGCGAAGUCUCUACCGGAAGACGAUGGACUCCUUCUAUGAGAUGCUUAAGAACGCCCCGACCCUCAUCCAAGAGUACUCCCUCCAUGUCCCCUCUGACCAUGCCAGCCCGCCCCCCAAAGCUGUCCUCUCCUAGAUCAGUGGGAUCUGAGGCCGGGAAGGAGGGCAUCCUGCACGUCCGCCCCACUGGGCUCUGCAGCUCCUUUCUGGGAAGACACAGGCGUGGAGGUUCAGCCUGCAGGAAGCCAGGGCCUGCAGGGUAGAGGCGAGGGACUCCCACUGGACGUGGGCUGGCUUCCCUGGUGGUGGGCUCUGUGGGUGAAGCUGACGUGGGCUAGAGGCCUGGUCCUUCACAGAGCGUUUUUGGGUCACCACACAUGGCCAUGACAGUGGUAGAGCACCCUGUGGACACCGAGCUGGAGAGAACAGGAACACUGAUUUGGGUGUAAUCCUUUUGCAUCCCAGGUCUAAUCUGUGCUUCAGAUCUAUAAAGAUGCUGCUCCCGGGGACCCUGCGUUAAGACCCAGCGGCCUAGUCCCAGAAAUCCUCGGCCCCAGCUGUCGGCAGCCAAAGCACAAACAGUGGCCGUUGUGGGAAUUCACAGCUCUCAACCCCGUGGUGCACAGCAGUGGGGGCUGUCACUUUCUCAUACUGUUUGGGGAGGUGACCCGGUGGAUUCGAGGCCCCGCGUGGCUAAUGUGUACAGGCUGGCCGAGGUAUAAAGCUGGCCACCCCUCUCAGGGGCACCCUUCCUUCCCCUGCCCCGUGGUUCCUGUGCUGGGUGCCAUUCCCAUGCUUCUCUCUUCUCUCAACAGCUGGACCCUGGCCAUCGACGUGAUAGGAGGAGGGCGUGGGCAGGUGGUGGAAGCCGAUCUAGAGGAGGAGGCACUGGUGGCAGGGCGGGGAUGUACCUAGACCCCAGGUUCAGCUUGUAGUCUAGCUCAGUCCUAGAAAGGUUGUAGAGCCCACACCUGAGGACCGACUGCCAUUCCUGAGCUGUCGUCAGUGUCCCUGUCCGAGGGAAGGCCGGGCUUGGAAGCAAGAACUGCUGGGAAACCAGCUCGCUGGUCCAAAGCCACUGCACCCAUCCCUCACUUUCAGGGACCUGCUCACUGCAGGUCUUCCCCUUCCUCUUGGGCCUUGCCCACUGCACAGAUGGCCUGGACCUGAAGAAGCCAGCGUGGGCUGAGACCUCGGCAGGCCCAGAGCCUGAGGCUCCUCUCCAGGCCUCUUCUCCACGUGGGCUGCACUGGCCUCUGGGGUUUCCCCUGAGCACCACCUGGGGACCCUUGCGCAGGGCGGGAGGAGGGAGAACAAGGGGUGAGGCUGUGUACCCCGGGACAGCAGAGCAGCUCGACCUGAAGGAAGGAGUUUCUCCCCUAUGCCAGGCACGCGCCUGCGUCAGAAGGGCCCGGAAGAUGGGCUGUGCACCGCCGGGGGUGGGUCAGGCGGGAGCCCGGCUGCGGUCAGGGUGUCGGUCCUGCGGAAGCCUCCUGGUGGCAGGAAUGGCCUGCCCCUCCCAGGCUCUCAUCUACUGUCCCUCGGGUCCUCUGGGGGACAUUUCCUUAUUUAUUGCCACCUGUGCCCCUCCCCCUCCUUCCUUCUCCUGCUGCAUUUGAAGCAAACCCAGCAACCAAGAACCAACCUGCCGAAGCUGAGACCUCGGCGUCUCCCUAGGUUUCCUCUUCGCUCCGAGGGGACGUUCAUCAGAAUGAUACCUCUGCCCUUCUGGUCAGACAGCUCUACAGCCCACGGGAGCAGAGCCGUUAGGCCCCAGCUGCUUCUGAAGGGCUGUUGUGCCGUGCUGCCUUAUUUAUAUUAAAGGAAAAUUGUAACUCUGGAAA